GUAAUGGCUACCUCUGUAUAAUAUUAUAAUCUUUAAUUUAAUCGGCCGUAUAUAUUCAAAAUGUAUGUUAUAUUAUGAUAUUUCGUUUAGAAAUAAAUGCGUGAUUUGUAUAGAGCCUUCCAACUGAUCAAUCUUAUACUUAUAAUCGGAAUCGUUGGAGCUCAAAGGCGAUAUGAACCUGAUGAUCCCUUAGAUUCUCAAGGGCGGGGAGUAGGUGCAAGAAUGGCUUUUAGAGGUACCAUUCGUGAUUAUUCGCCUUUCAAUGCACAAGAUGAUGCCAAUAAAUUGUAUAAAGCUAUGAAAGGAAUAGGAACCGAUGAAAAAACAGUUAUUGAUAUAAUGACUAAACGUUCUAACAAACAACGUCAGGAAAUAGCUAAGAUAUAUCAAAAUUUGUAUGGUCAAAGUUUAAAAGAGGCAAUAAAAGGAGAUUUUUCUGGAACGACAGAAGACAUUUUAGUAGCUCUACUAUACUCACCUGAUGAAUACCAUGCGAAACUUUUGAAUCAAGCUCUCAAGGGUGCUGGAACCGAUUUAAGUGAAUUAACUGAAACUCUUUGUUCGCUGACUCCUCAAGAAAUCGAGAAAGUCAAGAUCGCUUAUCAAAAACAUUAUAAAAAAGAUUUAGCCAAAACUAUCGAGGGAGACACUUCAGGGCCAGUUAAAACUCUCUUACUAAAUUAUAUUAAGGGACAAAAUGUGGGUCCUAGAUCAAGACAAGAAAUUGACACAGAUGCCAAAUUGUUAGAAACAAAAGGAUUCCAGAAUAUCGAUGGAAGAGAUGGAGUGGCUGAGAUAUUUACUACAAGAAGUCACGAAGAUUUAAAAAAGAUUUUUGCUAAAUACAAACAAAAUAGCAAUAAAGAUAUUGUUAGUGCUAUCAAUUCUGAGAGGGUUUUUAAGCUUAGUCAAGCUGGGAAACUCAAAAAGGUUUUACAGCAUUUAGUGCAAUGUAUAAAUAAUCCUCCUGAAUACUAUGCCAAGAGAGUCAGAGAUUCCCUAAAAGGCUCCGGUACUAGAAAUCAAAAGUUAAUAAGACUUAUGGUUAGUAGAAGCGAAAUCGAUUUGGAAGAUAUCAAAGAAGCUUACCAAAGGCUCUUUGGCAAAACAAUGAAAAACGCCAUUGAUACUGACGUAACCCGAAAAUUUGAAAAAGUUUUAGAUGGAAUUAUAGAUGGAAAUGUUAAAUUAUAUAAAACUCAUCAAAAUUUAAAUAGAAAAUUGUCGAUAAUACCAUGAAAAUGUUUUUUAUUACAUUUAGGAUAAUAAUUCUACUGCGAUCGUUUAAAUAAAUUUAUCAAAUGUAUAAUGCAAAUUGAAACUGUAUCAUCUUAGAUAAAAUUAAAACUACAUAUUAUACUAAUUUCUUAUGUGUUUUAUAAAUGUAUAUAUUGGUCACUAUUUUAUAAUUGUGUA